UAUAAAUACCGCCGCGGUGGCAGGAGGAGAACAGACGAGAUUUUGUCUUCAGUCAGAAUGCCCGAUCCCGCCAAGUCCGCCCCAGCGCCCAAGAAGGGCUCCAAGAAAGCCGUCACCAAGGUCCAGAAGAAGGACGGCAAGAAGCGGAGGAAGAGCAGGAAGGAGAGCUAUGCCAUCUACGUCUACAAGGUGCUGAAGCAGGUCCACCCCGACACCGGCAUCUCCUCCAAGGCCAUGGGCAUCAUGAACUCCUUCGUCAACGACAUCUUCGAGCGCAUCGCAGGGGAAGCCUCCCGCCUGGCUCACUACAACAAGCGCUCCACCAUCACCUCCCGGGAGAUCCAGACCGCCGUGCGCCUGCUGCUGCCCGGAGAGCUGGCCAAGCACGCCGUCUCCGAGGGCACCAAGGCCGUCACCAAGUACACCAGCGCCAAGUGAGCGCCGCCCCCGCUCUCCGGACCCAAAGGCUCUUCUCAGAGCCCCCACCCUGUCUCCAGCGGAGCUGCUCCCGGGUC